AUGGGUGACCGACCACCCGCAAUUCCGCCCCCUGGACCGUUUCCUAUUUAUGUCUCCCUCUACGAUGCCGCCACGCGCUGGCUCGCCUGGACACGGAGUUUCAAACUUUAUCUUGCUGCGUCCAAAAUUGGCGAUGACGACCAACAGCGUGGGCUACUCCAGUACCUGGGAGGAGACGACAUCCAGCAACUCGUGCCCACUCUCAGCAACACAGGGGCAACAUUCGACGACCUCGCCAAAGCAUUGCAGGACGAGUUCGAUAAACACCAAAACAAAAUGCUCCUCAGGUUCAAUUUCCAUCCGCUUCGUCAACAGCCGAACGAGACUAUGGAGGGUUGCUGUUGUCGUGUGGGCGACCACGUGAAACGCAGCGGCUUCUCGGAUACGGCCGCGGAGAAAUUGGCUGUCUUGGACCAGCUGAUUAUCGGCUGCAAGUCCGACGCCCUUCGGCGAAAACUGCUGGAGAUCGAUGGCCUCGACUCCGACAAAGCUCUGAAAGCAGCCCGAGCGUAUGAGGCCAGCAUCACCCAUGCCCGCACGUUCAGGGAACGCCGUCCCCACCAACACUCUGACCAGCACGCUGUCAACAGCGGCCACCAUGCCAUUCAUUCUUUAGAGAUUGGCGCAGAGCUGUUUUCUACCGACUCUCCGCCUCGCCCAUCUACGGCACCCUGCCGUGAGGAUGCCCGGCGCACCGUGCACGUCAACGGCAUACCCCUGACUGUCUUGGUGGAUAGUGGUGCCAGUCACGAUAUCAUCAAUACUGAUGACCUGGCAAAGGUUGCCCCUGGUGCAGCACUUCAGCAAACGGAUGUGCAAAUCUUUGCUUACGGCUCAACUUCACCUCUUCUUCUUCUGGGUAGCAUCACCCUCUGUGUUUCCUCCGCUACCAUGAGUUCGACGGCAACAUUCCUCGUUGUCGCACACGCGCCACGUACCGCUGCUAUCGUUGGCCGCGAGACCGCCAUGCGUUUUGGCCUCAUCCAGCUGGUCCACAGCAUCGAAAGUCCGCAACUGCCAGACGACCUUGCUGAGUACCACGACCGCUUCCAGGGCCUCGGCUGCAUCAACGACGUAGAAGCCCAUAUCUACGUAGAUGGCAACGCCCGCCCUGUCGCUCACGCACCAUCCAAAGUGGCUGUCCACCUCCAGGAGGACGCACUCGCUGAGCUCCAUGAGCAGCUCGCAUUGGAUGUCAUCGAGCCUGCCACUGGCCCCACCCCAUGGGUUGCCCGAAUGGUGGUCGUGCCGAAGCGCAAGGGCAAAGUGCGCCUCACGCAGGAUUUCCGUGAUGUCAACGCCGUUGCGGCACGGGAACGCCAUCCCAUCCCCACGCUUGAGGAGAUUACUUCCGACAUGCCAGGGGUCACCGUGUUCACCGAGUUGGAUAUGAACAAGACUUUCCACCAGAUCUCACUGGCCGAGUCAUCCCGUCUUUUCACCGUGUUCCACACACCCCUCGGCCUAAUGCGGUGCAAGCGACUCGCCAUGGGGUUGGCUUCAGCGUCUGAGAUCCUCCAGCGGACCAUGGACCGUGUCCUCGCGGGUCUCCCAGGUGUUCGCAGCGUGCACGACAAUUAUAUUCAUCUACGGCGAGACGGCCCAAGUCCACGAUGA